AUGACGUUGUGGAGAUCUGAAAUGACACUUGUCCCCUCCAAGAACAACUCUUUGGUAUUAAGUUUGAUUUCUGCUGUCUUGCUGAAGAAGAUAAAGCUUAUAGGCUAUGUGACUGGAGUUUCAGGGUGCUGGGUAGAGUGCCAGGAUGAGGGAGUGAUCAGUGUGCAGACAGCACUGUAUGGACGUGCAGACGCUGUGACCUGCAGUGAGGGAAGACCUCCGGCACAGCUCGCUAAUACACACUGCUCUCAAGCAGGCACAGUGGACGUCGUCAAGAAAAGGUGUGAUGGCAAGAGGGAGUGUGAACUAAACACAAAUAUUUUUACUACUGAUCCCUGCAAACGCACCUACAAAUACCUGAACACCACAUACUGUACACCUGCCUCCCAGCAACUCAAGGACAGGUUAUCUUUGUGUAUGGUGCGGACUAUGGAUGUAGUGACCAGACCACCUGCAGUAACCAAUGGCCUCCCAAUCAAAUUCAAAAUAUCUCCUGCUCAAGACCAACACGCAAAGUUGCUAACAGCUGUAAUGGGAAAAACGUCUGUACCAUCGCAGCGAGCAACUCUGUUUGGAAACCCCUGUGCCGGCACUUACAAGUACCUGGAGGUGGCGUACACAUGUUACUGGGACAAUAAGUAUCUUAAAUGCUCAUUUGGCCAUUCAAUCUGGAACGGCUGAAAACAAAUUCAGUGACGAUAAAGGGUAAAGCCAAUGCAUUGACUUAUCAGUUGCUUAAAUUGUCUGAAUUUCAUAUUUCCAGUUUUUUUUGCAGACCCUGAAACCUCUCCACUUAGUUUACCUAUGUAAGCAUACUGAAGUUUCAGUCCUAUCACAAUAAACAUGCAUUCAAUUU